AUGGAGUGCAAAUUGAGGGCCCCGCGCAAGCCAGGUGAUGCGUUGGCGGUUGCUGACCUGGAGGUGACAAAGGGCAGUGGAAGGCUCUCUGUCUUGUACUUUGGAGUGCUCUGGACUUUUUUGCAUCACAGCAAUGACAUGACCCCAGAGCAAAUUGCUGAUUUCCACAGGCGCAUCAUGCUGCUUCACAACUUGGGGAGCAAGCGAGCCGGAAAGGACUGGAAGGCAGGCAAACCCACGAUGGGCAAGGUGCGUCCGUACGAACCCGAUCCAGCUGAAUCGGAACAACCCACUGAUUUGGCAACUUUCAACUUCAAGCUUGUCAAGGUGGCCGUUGAUCCACUGAAAUCUGGGUGGGGGAGGUUUGGCAUUGGUCAGAGUCCUGCCUUGGCAGUGGUCGCAGCGCCACCGCCUGAACCAGAAGAAGUCCAGCCACCGUGGCAAGAGCCGGUUACCAUGGAUAGCCUUUUGGAGUCUUACUUGGUGGAAACAAAGAUUUCAGGUCGGGUGCCAGGCACAACCCUGAUCAUAUGCCCAGUCAAGAGGCGGAAUGGAACUACUGACCAAAUCAGCGAGGGCCAAAAUUACAAGCUCUUCAUUGCUGCCCACAUGGAUGUCGUCCUGGGGACCGACGAAUACGUGAUCACCCACGGUGCCAGCAAGUUCAUCAAACCCGAGAAGGUUGCGGAAUUGAAGAGGAAAGGGAACCCAGGUGGGAGCAUAGCCAGUCAAGAUGUAGAACUUGGCGUUCAAAUUGAACAGUUCCAUAUGGUUCCAGUCUUUGUUUUUUCUCAAUUUGAAUGA